GUCGGUUACUUCUGUGUAGUACGUGAUUGCCACCAUUACGGUACUUCUGUUACUUUUUACUACCGGUUACUUCUGUGUUCAGUUGUUUGCAUUUUGCUGUCACAGCAUCGCGUUUAAACCACGCUACCGGUACCGGUACCGCAUCUGUAGCUCUAUCUUAUAUUUCAUCUUCUGUAUUAAGUGGAAUUUGCAUGUUAUGCUGUCAUGGCGUUUAACGUGGGAAAAUUAACAUUUAUUCGUCAGAUUGGAAUGUCAAAUACGAGGUAUCGAAAAUGCGUCAACUAUAACGAAAAAGAUUUUGUCAAUAGUUUCAAUCAACAUCACAUGCAAGACAUAUUUUGUGCCAGUAAUCAGAAAUAUGUCGUUCCUGGGGAACUUGAGCCGGAAGUACCCCCAUACACAGUUGAAUUUUGUACAGCUUCCGGCAGUGAGCAUACAUUUGCAGUGGCAGAUGAAAAUGGAAUCGUAUCUCUUUUCAUUGCUAAUGAACCAGUACUGGGAAAUGAUGCUGAUAAAGUAUUGAGGCCACUGCAUAAACUUGAGGCACACAACAAUGCUAUAUUUGAUAUUGCAUGGAUUCCUCAUGAACAUUCUCUAGCAACUGCAUCUGGUGAUCAAACAGCUGCAUUAUGGGACACACUAAAAGGAGAAGUCAUAACUGUUUUCAAGGGACACAGUUGUAGUUUGAAAUCUGUGAAUGUGUCUAAGCAAAAUUUGAAUCUCCUAGCAACAGGAUCAAGAGAUGGGAAUGCAUUGAUAUGGGAUCGUCGAACUUCAUCACAACCUGUUGUUAGAAUCCAGGAUGCUCAUGUGAUUAAUGAUUCUUUAACACCGAUGAGGAAACGAAGAAGAGCAUUAGCGGUAGACACUGGACAAUUGGCCAUAGAUUCUCGACAGACUGUUUCGUCAGCAAUAUUUCAAGACAGCAACACAGUGAUAACAUCAGGAGCAAUGGAUGGAAUGCUGAAGAUUUGGGAUUUGAGAAAAAUUCAAACAAAGAAGAAGACGACGGCGAAGGGAAUAAAAAGGGAUGCUCCUUUAGAGAUGAUUCCAUAUCCCGGAUUAAGUCAACGAAGAAGAGGAUAUACUUGUCUUACACUGGAUUCAUCAAAUACAAACCUAUAUGCAUCAUGUACAGAUGAUUCAAUAUAUCAUUAUAAUUUAUCAACUUUACCUAGCAAUGGAAGAAGGCAACCAAUAUGCAAAUACCAAGGUCAUUACAAUACAUCAUUUUAUGUAAGAUCUGCACUGAGUCCUGAUGAUCAAUUUCUACUCAGUGGUUCUGAUGAUAACAAAGCCUAUAUAUGGAAGGCAACUGGGAAAGAUAGUUCACCAAUUCUUCGACUUGUAAGUGAAGGAAUGUCUGAAGUAACUGCAGUGGCAUGGUGUCCUUAUGAUUAUACUAAAAUGGUAACUUGUUCGGAUGAAUGCGUUGUUCGCGUGUGGAACCUACCUUAUAAUGGAAUGGGAAAUUUUCAAAACAUUGAUGGACGUGGAGAAAUUCCUCAAAUAAAGAAAAAAGAAGCUUUUAUAAAGUCAGGAUUCACUCCUACAUCAGUUGUCAGAGUAGAACCACAGCUUGAGACUUCACCUACAACUGUGAAAUCAACGACAAAUCAUAUAUUCACUCCACAAAAAUUAACUUUCACUUCUUCGCCACCAAAUUCUUCCAGUAAACUGUGCACGCCGUUAAGAAACCUCAACAAUCAAAUGAGAACUCCAACAUCUAUUGAAAAGUGGAUUGUAAGAACGCCAACGCAAAAAAAACUUGACUCGAAAGACAGUAACAGAAAUCGUGUGGUAAAAUGUUUAGAAAAUCACAUGGCAAAAGAGGAGCCUAUUUUAAAAGAAAACGAAGAAAUACAAAGUAGUGACUCAAAACUAGAAGCAGGAAAUAAGAACUGGCUACUAGAACUUUCCAAGCGAAGGAGGUCAAAGGACAUUGUUGAUAGUCCCGCACGGAAGAAGCAGAAAUCUGCAGCAUCUCUGUCUGUUAAUAACAACAGAACACCUGCAAAGUCAUUUAGAACAUUGGAUUGCUAUUUUAGCAGCCCUAAAUCUGAGAGAUGAAUAGCUUUGUUUAUCCACAUUAGCUAUGUUGCUACAACUUAACAAAUCUUUUUUUUAUUUAAUCACUGUAAUUAAACCGAAAAUGCAUUCAUUCUUAUUGCUUGAAAAGAUUGAAUGUAACUUCACUGCCAUACUCUACUUUUAGCGAGCUGCCAUCAGCUGAACUAAUAUUUUUAGCUUUUUAAAGACUACAACAAUUUGUCUCUGCCAUUUUAUACAUUUUCAAUAAAAUGCCAUUAACGAACUGUG